GCAACUCGUGUCGCGCGCGGGCGCCUCAUCAGCAUUGUACUGUCGGCGGAGCGGACACAAAGUUGUCAGUCUCUCUUUUUAUGUUGCUGCUGUUGCAUGUUCAGAGCGAGCUUUUUUUUGUGCGUGCAAUACUUAGUUAUCCAAGCAAGUGUGUCUUUUUGUCGGGGACGUUAGCUGCUCCUGACGCCCUUUUGAAGAAGCCGCCGAGUUCACCAGCAAAAAAGGGCAUUACUAUCGUGGAGGGGAGAAAAAAAAGAAAGUGUCGUUGGGCACCCCGCGGGGUUUAAAGUUCAGCUAACAGCAGCGUCACCGGCUACUAGCAGGUAGCUCCGCGUCCGGAGACGCCGGGGUCACAAUGGCAGCUGUGUGCCAGCCGCGACGCGCCUUGGUGGAGAUACCCGCUCCACAGCCCAAAAUUGCAGCUCGAAUGAGGAGGUCCUAUCUGGAGAUAUUGAGUGCUCGGUUGGCUCCAUCUCCACUUCCAAGAGGGAGAAACGCGACUGCAAACGUAAAGCGGGGCCACUCACUGGACGUGUGGAGUGGAAGGAUAGAGGAGCAAUGUGAGAAGAUGGAUGAGCACCACCACGACCCUCUCUCCAAACAGCAGCUCGUCCAGCUGAUCCGAUCCUUCAUCUUGGUUGAGCAGAGCCAAGAGCCCAGGAUCCUUGCUUCCGACCUGAAGUACCUCCAGGAAGACCUGCAACUAAAGAAAGCGAAUGUGUACCGGUCCAUACCCUACUCGCGGCUCGGCUCCAACAGGGACGCUCACUGCUACAGAAAGGCAUAUCCUCACCUGGUGGCGUUCAAAGUUUCUUGUCAGGAGUGGGGCCAAGUUCUCCUGAGGAACAAAGAGUGGGACGCUGUGUUGGAGCACACGCUGAUGGCGUGGCGCUACACCAGCGAGCUGCCGCAGUGGGACACGGCGAACCACAACGCUCUCCGAGAACAGUGUUACGGCAUUUUGGCAGCUCACAGCCUCGCCGCUUUCCAGCACCACCACCCUGGACCCAACAGAGGACGAGAGCUGCUCAGAAGGUUGAAUAUGGCUCAGUUGCACAGCCAGUCAAUUGUGCCCUGUAUUCAGGAGUUGCAGAGGAUUCUGCGAUGUGCCGAUGACUCCUCUAUGGACACAAAAUAGUACGAGAUGCGCUAUCCAACCAGCUGGCUACAGCUCAGUGAAAAGUGUGCUUUGUAGAUAAAUAAUGUAUGUGGUACAAGGCCACUGGUAGUGUUUGUUUGGAAACACCACUACAGUAUUUGUCCAAAGGGCCGAGUAGCAACUUGAAAUGUGACGGGUUUUUCUAAAGGUAAUGAAAACCACCCUCUUGAGUUGUUGACGAUGCAACAAAACCUUAAUUUAAUCACAAUGCAACUUUCGAUCAACUGGAGUGUAACAUUUGUUGCAUCGCACACCUCAACAUGUAUUUAUUCUCGGUGAAUGUUAUCUUCAUCUAUUGUCUUCCAAAAAACAACAGUCCGUUUUUUUUAGAGGAACAUUCCCAUCCGGAGAGGUUGCAAUCAGUUGGUGCUGCCAGCGAUAAAUAUUUAAAAUGUCUAUUUUUAGAACUUUGUAUAAAAUCACUUUUGCAUUGAAAUGUUGAAAGUAAGAAAUGUCCUUUCUUGUUGCUUUAUGUGUGUGUGUGUGUGUGUGUGUGUGUGUGUGUGUGUGUGUGUGUAUAUAUUUGUGUGUUACAGCUCACAAUACUUGAAGCCUUUGCCAUCUUUGACUAUAGUUGUUUUAUGUGUACGUCUUGUUGAUAGAGAACUGUCCGUCACUGAUUGCACUGUUGCCAUUUUGUCCUGAAAACUUGACAUUUUUGAUAAAAUAGAUACUUUCAAUAAAGAUUACUUUGGCCUAUUUAA